CGUCUGUGCAUGCGGAAACCCAUAGGCUACUGUACGUUAGAAGAGGAUUCAGCGUUUAACGUUUUCUAUCAAUUUACAUUUCUUCAAGCAAGUGAAUCCCAUGGAGAGUAGCUUUUGCUAGGACCCACCUAGCAAAAUGUCCCUAGUAUUUUGCUUUCGAUAACCUCAACUUUAAAAGACUGCCAAGGCAAGACCCCAUAACUGAUGGCAUUUUUCCAUCAGUUGCGACUUCUGUUGUGGAAAAAUGGCCUGAGUGUCAUUAGGCAACCUGGAUGGUCGUUAGCUCUACUCAUCUGGCCACUGGUCAUCUUCAUCAUUCUGGCCAUCACCCGCUCCCAGUUCCCCCCGAAGAUCAAAGACACAUGCUAUGUUGCCCCAAGGAACCUCCCCAGCGCGGGGUUCUUCCCCUUCCUUCAGACCCUCAUGUGCAACACCGACACGUCCUGCUCCAACCACUCUCGCCUGGGGGGCCGCCAUUUCCACCGCUCCCGCCAUGGACACAGAGUGGCCCGGGACACAAGGGAUGAAGACCAUUUUGAGGGCAUGGGCUUGCUACCUGCCCAGCCCCCGAUCAUGGCCCAUCUCCAGCGUGGGGGCUCGGUCCGAAACAUUCGCUCCCCCCAGGACCUAGACAACCAAACUGACAUCAUGGAGCUGUGGGACAUGCUGCUGAAUUCCACCACCCAACAAGAGACACCUUCAAAGACCUCGCUCAUGGCCGCUCUCAACAACACCAUGUUCCUUGAUAAGGCUGCCCUGCACACCAUGUUGCAGUCCGUGGAUCAGCUGAAACGCUCAUUCUGCAGGUUGUCUCUCAGCACUGUUGAUCCAUUGGUUGAGCAGAACAACCCUUUGGUUCUUGGCCUGAUGACAUUUUGCAAGACCAACGACACAUUUCUCGAGGUCUCCUUGUUGGUUCUGAACAAGGUUUUGGCGCAGUUGAUCAUGGACAACCCAGGCGAAGUGCUCAACACUGUGGGUGUGGCCGUGGCUGUCUUUGAAAACCUCCAGAAGCAGGACUCUCUGUGGGAACUGCUGCUGGACCUCCCCAACCUGUUCCUGCUGCCCACUGAUGAAGAAAAACUAGCGGCCACUGCCAAACAAUUGGAAUACCUGAAAAGUACUCUCACCUCCAUCCAGAGCCACUUCCCUGACGCCAACCUUUCUAUCGCCAUGGUGAACCCAGUCAUUGAGGGAGGCAUGUCCCUCCUUAAAUACAUGAGCACAUGGAGCGGCAGAGAUGUUUACGUCUCGCUCAGAGAUGUCAUGACGCCAUUCAACACGUCCUUAGUGCCACCAGAGUUCAACCAACUUGUUGAGCAAGUUUCAGUCCCACUUAGUAAGGCGGCAGCGCUGAUGGACAGGACGUCUUUCAGGGCUCAUGUCUGUGACAACAGCAGCGCUCCGAGCUGGAUAGAGCAGGCAUGCGCCGAUGGGCAGGUUGAUGGAGUCUUCGACUGGAUAGAUUCACAAAAGGUGGCAGAACAGGUGCUCCUUGCUUGGAGUGAGAACUCUGCUCCCACUGAUCUGGCGUUCGCCAACCAGUUUUUCAACGGCCUUUUCAACGGCUUCCUGACUCCUGGCCUAGGAUCCUCAGACGGCAGCUCACAGCGCAGCAGUCUUGGGCAGCCCCAGAAUGUGCAGGAGGAGCUGUUUGUCAGUAUUGGCUCUGCAGCACUCGACCUACUGCGGGGACUUCCUGGUUGGGAAACUGUCCAUUCCAUCCUUAUGGGAGGACACACUUCCAUGCAGCUUGUUACACAAGCAAUGAUGACACAGCAAGAACUGAUGACCCUUGUGAUGAAAGAUGCCCAGAAUAUACAGGCAACUAUUCAUGCCUUAAUGCAGAACCGGUCUGUGGCAGAUGCCUGGGCCACCGGCAUCAUGGACUCUGCCGUGAAAACGGUAAUACAGGCUGUAGCGGCUGAUGGGCCUGUGGAGUGCAGCAGUCUGGCUGCUCAGUGGUCUUGGCUCUCCUCCUUAAGCUCCCUGGAUUCUGAGCUCUGGGAGACACUCCUUUGUCCUGGAAAUGGCUCCCGCUUAGAAAAUGCCCUGUUGGCUCCCGUGUAUCCUGUCAUAGAGAAGGUGAACCAACUGGUUGGAGUAGUUGAGGGCAGUGAAAAGUACAAUGUCACCACUAGUAUGAUCCUUGCGGAGUGGCACAGGCUGUCACUGACCGCUGUGCAGUAUGGGCAGACGAUUGAGCACUUUCUCAAUGAGCUGGAUCAAGACUUUUUUGACAGUUUGAUUCCCGCCAACGUCACUGUCAACUUGCCAGAGGUCUUGAUACAAAGUGGACUGAAGACACUUAAAGAUGUGGGCCCACUGCUGCAAACCACUGGUGUUUUGGCCACUGUUGAACCCUACCUCCACCUAGCCUACUACGUCAUGACUUACCAGCCCAAUAUCACUGCACCCCCAAACUGCACCUUGGUUGAAAUGAUGCCAUACUGUGACACUGGCUUCACCAUGGACAAGUUCCUUUUAAUCACUGGAGCUGUGAUUGACGAGUUCUCCACAAAUCCAGAGGCAUUAUUGAGACUUGUUCAGGGCUCUGUGGCUCUCGUCCAAGGCAUCUACAGGGACUUCUACAUCAAGGCUGUGACUCAGCUCCUCAGUGCCCCUGGGCAGUUGCCAGGUGAUGGAUCCAUAGGGGACCUCCUUGGGAAUCUCAUCCACGUGUUAGACAAGGACCUGCAGCUGCUCUCUAAUCUCAUGUCCACUGACCAAUUUGCCAGCCGUCUCCCCAUGUCUAUGCUGAGGCACAUAGUGGACGUUCUCAGGUUGGAGCCUCUAGAGGCCAUCUGGGGAGGCACUAAUGACACCUCCUCUAUUUUCAAUGCCAUCUUAGAAGUUGCCAAAAACAACCAGUACCUCUUGUCUGGCCUACCCAUGAACCAGACCAACCUGUCUGUUGCUGAGCUGGAGGCUGUCAUCUUGAAGUGGCUUGAAAUGCAAGUCAAUUUGACCUUGCCAAUCUCUUUCAAUGUGAGUGAAGCUCUGCUGACCUACUCUGCCUCACUGAAUGCCACAGACCUGGCCUAUCUGGAGCAGGUGUUGAAGCCCCUCACUAAUCAGACCUCUGGAGGCUUAGCUGAAUUCGCCCUGAGGGCCUUGGUGCUGCUGAAAGAAGUGCUUGACGCCUCAGAUGGUAGCGACCCUUCUGCAGUGCUGCUGGGAUACGUUCGUCACCUGCAAGACUUCCUGGUGAAGGCCCUCCAAUUGGAGCAACAUGUCCAACUCCUUCAGCCUGGCGGAGGCCUCAGUCCGGCACAGAUCACCAAUCUGCGUCCAGUGGUCAUGGAUCUCCUUCAGACUCUGUCACCCGAGUCCCUGGAGGUGCUUAGUUCCGAGGGGGGGGCAGCCGUGGUGGAGGCCAUCUUGCGCCCGCUCGGUGCUGUGCUGCCUGAAGAGUUCCAGGCCGACUAUCAUCGCCUCGUGAACGACACUCGUGCGUUAAUUGCUGAUUUGAAUGUCUGUCUGGCCACGGGAGAGGACUGUGCUGCUGGUGUCUCACAGGUGUCCCAGAUUCUGGAUCAGGUGUCUAAGACAUUAGAAGGAGCCGGUGGGGAGAUGAUCCUUCAGUUUGGCCCCCUUCAAGGUAACUUAUCCCUCUCUGUGACUGGAAAGCUGCUUGCUCUGCUGCGUCCUUGGACAAACAUGUCCUCCUCACAGGUGCUGACCAUGGAAACAGUUGGCCAAGUCCUCUACUUCCUUGAGGAGAUCACAUCCAUGCCCAACAUCAGUGUGGCGGCUCUUCAGCAAAUCAUCAGCUCAUCAAACCUCACUGUCCAUGAGCUUGACAAAAUUGCACAGUUAACUAUGAACACAUCUGUUCCCAUCAUCCUGUCAAACUUGACUGCCAUUGCCAAUAUCCAGCAGUGCUUCUAUGCACCUCACAAUUCAUCACUUAUGGGAUCCAUGAACUCCAGUGAGACUGAGUGUGCUCUACAGAUGAUUCACAAAGCAAUCGAUUUUCUUCAGACCUUCCCUUUGCCUCAACAGACAAAAUCAGACUUGGUAGCUCUGAAGCUUAUGACAGAGAUCUUUGCUCAACAGACAGGAAAGGGACCUAUCCAAUUGACAGAAGAGAUUCUCAGACUUACCUUGGAAAACAUCAGAGAAAGAGUCAGGAGCCUCAAUCAUAGCAAUACAGAAGAAAUCAUCAAUGAGCUCAACAUCCUAGAAGGCAUUCUCCAGCUUGGUUUUCAUGAACAGUAUCCAAUGGAUACCAUAAACGGAACAUUGUUGGAGAAUCAAGUGUAUGCACAGAAGGUGUAUGCUGAAAUUGCACAGUGGUACCUGCAGAAGUUGGAGAACGCAACUAGUGACAGCAUGUUUGCAGAUAUCCUAUUUUCCAUCUUCCACACAACACAAAUGCAGCUUUCACUUGUUGUGGCUCAAUCUGAUUUCACUGCACUGGUGGUCCAGCAGGUUGAAGAUGUGUUCUCUCAAGUUCAGCUUCCACUGGACGAAUACGAUCUGAGGAGGAUCGGCCAUUCCAUUAUCACAAUUCUGCGUGGCCAGCUGGAAUUCAUCAAGACAAAUUUAAAACUCCAGCAGGACUACUACAACUCCAUGGGCAUCCCAAUGAACAUCAGCAUACCACAUGACAUCGAGGUGCAGAUCAUGACGUACAUCGACCUUACUCAAAGUUGGAUCUCAGACCCCAGUUUCACAUCAGCCCUGGCAGGUCUGCUGCAAUUGGACAUGAACUCGGUCAACAUAACCACUGUUCACACGGACAUCACCAACCUCAUUAAAGCCAUAAUUCCACUCCUGUCAGCAGAGGAGCAGGAUCUCUUCACCAUCAUCGACAAGGUCUUUCAGGCGCUGAUGCAUGCGCUGGAAGUGGCGAAUUACGACGGUCCUCAAAGUUCCAACUUCAACGAGGCCAUUUUGAAUGCAACGCAGGUCAUCCUGGAAGCAGUGCCCACUGAGAAUGGAACGUUGCCAAGUCCAGUCAUCCAUCAGAUCUUGGGAGCCUUGGGCAGCUCACUUCAGCUAAUCCUACAUCCCAACAUGAGCUAUAACGAGUCAAAGCAGCUCAGCCUUGUUCUUUCGAGGAGUAUGGAGGAUCUGAUCAGCUCACUCAUACCAGGCGUUGCUGCCGAGGUGCUGCUUCCCAUGGCCAAUGUGGUCACUACUUACUUUGAGACCAUCUCUCAGCCUGCCGGCCCUGACCAGUGGAAUAUCAUCAUUGUGAACAUCAUCAAAGGACUGGCACACAGUUUGCCCCAGAACAACAUCGCACAGCCCUACCUCUCUCUCAUCAACAGCGUAGCACAAUCCAUCCUGAAUGGAACAGACGGGAGCGGCAUGAACAUUUCGGAAGGUCUCCAAAGUGCCCAAUUCACAGAGGCCAUUUUGAACGCAGCGCAGGUCAUCCUGGAAGCAGUGCCCGUUGAGAAUGGAACGUUGCCAAGUCCAGUCAUCCAUCAGAUCUUGGGAGCCUUGGGCAGCUCACUUCAGCUAAUCCUACAUCCCAACAUGAGCUAUAACGAGUCAAAGCAGCUCAGCCUUGUUCUUUCGAGGAGUAUGGAGGAUCUGAUCAGCUCACUCAUACCAGGCGUUGCUGCCGAGGUGCUGCUUCCCAUGGCCAAUGUGGUCACUACUUACUUUGAGACCAUCUCUCAGCCUGCCGGCCCUGACCAGUGGAAUAUCAUCAUUGUGAACAUCAUCAAAGGACUGGCACACAGUUUGCCCCAGAACAACAUCGCACAGCCCUACCUCUCUCUCAUCAACAGCGUAGCACAAUCCAUCCUGAAUGGAACAGACGGGAGCGGCAUGAACAUUUCGGAAGGUCUCCAAAGUGCCCAAUUCACAGAGGCCAUUUUGAACGCAGCGCAGGUCAUCCUGGAAGCGGUCCCCGUUGAGAAUGGAACGUUGCCAAGUCCAGUCAUCCAUCAGAUCUUGGGAGCCUUGGGCAGCUCACUUCAGCUAAUCCUACAUCCCAACAUGAGCUAUAACGAGUCAAAGCAGCUCAGCCUUGUUCUUUCGAGGAGUAUGGAGGAUCUGAUCAGCUCACUCAUACCAGGCGUUGCUGCCGAGGUGCUGCUUCCCAUGGCCAAUGUGGUCACUACUUACUUUGAGACCAUCUCUCAGCCUGCCGGCCCUGACCAGUGGAAUAUCAUCAUUGUGAACAUCAUCAAAGGACUGGCACACAGUUUGCCCCAGAACAACAUCGCACAGCCCUACCUCUCUCUCAUCAACAGCGUAGCACAAUCCAUCCUGAAUGGAACAGACGGGAGCGGCAUGAACAUUUCGGAAGGUCUCCAAAGUGCCCAAUUCACAGAGGCCAUUUUGAACGCAGCGCAGGUCAUCCUGGAAGCGGUGCCCGUUGAGAAUGGAACGUUGCCAAGUCCAGUCAUCCAUCAGAUCUUGGGAGCCUUGGGCAGCUCACUUCAGCUAAUCCUACAUCCCAACAUGAGCUAUAACGAGUCAAAGCAGCUCAGCCUUGUUCUUUCGAGGAGUAUGGAGGAUCUGAUCAGCUCACUCAUACCAGGCGUUGCUGCCGAGGUGCUGCUUCCCAUGGCCAAUGUGGUCACUACUUACUUUGAGACCAUCUCUCAGCCUGCCGGCCCUGACCAGUGGAAUAUCAUCAUUGUGAACAUCAUCAAAGGACUGGCACACAGUUUGCCCCAGAACAACAUCGCACAGCCCUACCUCUCUCUCAUCAACAGCGUAGCACAAUCCAUCCUGAAUGGAACAGACGGGAGCGGCAUGAACAUUUCGGAAGGUCUCCAAAGUGCCCAAUUCACAGAGGCCAUUUUGAACGCAGCGCAGGUCAUCCUGGAAGCGGUGCCCGUUGAGAAUGGAACGUUGCCAAGUCCAGUCAUCCAUCAGAUCUUGGGAGCCUUGGGCAGCUCACUUCAGCUAAUCCUACAUCCCAACAUGAGCUAUAACGAGUCAAAGCAGCUCAGCCUUGUUCUUUCGAGGAGUAUGGAGGAUCUGAUCAGCUCACUCAUACCAGGCGUUGCUGCCGAGGUGCUGCUUCCCAUGGCCAAUGUGGUCACUACUUACUUUGAGACCAUCUCUCAGCCUGCCGGCCCUGACCAGUGGAAUAUCAUCAUUGUGAACAUCAUCAAAGGACUGGCACACAGUUUGCCCCAGAACAACAUCGCACAGCCCUACCUCUCUCUCAUCACCAGAGUAGCACAAUCCAUACUGAAUGGAACAGACGGGAGCCCCAUGGACAUUUUGGAAGGCCUGGGAACAUUGAAUUUCACGGAUAUUGAAGAAGUUGCAAAACAGCUCGGAGGGGUCCUGGACUCCUUGUUCCCUCUUUUUGGGGAUCAGGUCCAGGGUCUGAGUCCACACUCUGCCAAGGUCUUUGCUGAUGCACUCCCUGUUCUCAUGCAAAUCAUCACUGGACAAGCUGAUCAACACACCUUUGAAAGACUUGAAAGGAUUGUUGCAGUUCUUUUGACGACCAUCAGAGGGACCCCUGCCUGGAAUGAUCUUCCCCCCACUCUCCAUGUCUUCUCAAUGAUGGCAGACAAUCUGAAUGCUCAAGCAGAGUUCAUCCACAGCAUACAAGAACCUCUGUUAAACCUUACCACAAAUCUGCUCCAGGCUGUAAAUAGCAGCACCUUCAACAUGGCUGACUUUUUCAGAGAAUUCCAGCUGUCUCUACAGCACACCAUUGAAGUUGCCAUACAGACUGCUGGCGAGGGCAGAGCACUGAAUUGCAGCGAUGUGCUGAAAAUGUGGGAGGGUGUUGGACAAGUGGUGGGGGUCCCUCCCAGCAGCCUGAGCAUGUGGUGCCACAUCAGCCUGGCCCCUUUCAUCGAGGCCAGUAACUCAACCGGACCUUUCCCACCAUUCAACACAACGGGAGCUGGACCAGAGGCCCAGUCGGUUAAUGCCACAGCAGCUAAGAUUGUGCAGGUUCUGCAGUCUCUCUACAACGCCGGCCUGUCCCAGACCCACGCUUCUCAGCAGCUUAUCACAGUCCUCAUAGAUCACAUAUCUGCCAGCGUACCAGAGAUCACAACAGGAAACUGGAGUGACUGGAAUGAGCAGCUUUUCAUUCUACAGUUGCAUCAAAGUUUUGCAGGCUUCGAGAUGGUACUGGAUCAAGUGGAGCUGGUUGCUCCUUGGAUGCGCCCCUAUAUCCAUGCAUUAAAGAAGGCUGUCGAGUACACCCUACAGAACAGCCAGCGACUGAUGAACAGCACAUCAGGCCAGCAGGUGUUCAUGGAGGCCCUGGAGAUUCUACUGACUGGGAUGAAUGUCACAAGUGAGUCCGUGCACUUGCUGCUCAGCGGAGGCAUCAGCAACAUUGAUGGACCAUCCAUCGACAGACUUCUGAAAUAUGUUAUCAAGGAGGUCAUUCAGAUGAAGCUACUAGGUGACUGGCCCAUGGCAUAUGGGGCAUUGGAGCAGAUCCUUGCAUCCAAUUCCACAAGUGUUGUUCUGGCGAGAGCCAUUGAAUUAGUCAACUGGUUCACAACCACCCAAGAGACCGGUAUGGGAUAUCUCACUGAGGCUCUCCGGAGACUCUACCGUGUGGCUCGGGCUGUCUUGAGGAUGGUGUCACUCUUCACCUCAAACUUGCCUGGCUCCGAUCUCUUCACUGACAUCGUUGGGAAUGCAUUGGACGUGCUGAGACAGCUCACCCGUACAACCGACCUCUUUGCCCCACUGGAUGGUCUCCUAGAAGAACUGCAAAGGAACCUUAUGUCAGAGACUCAAGCUUCGGUCAGAGUCAUGAGGCGAGAGGCCAUGAGGGGAGAGGCCAUGAGGGUGCCCAUGGAUGACUUCCUGGACCUCCUGGAGAUCGACUACAGCGCCUUGUUCGAAGCUCUGGCCAUCCCACCCACACCAGAAGAAAUCAUGGAGACCAUCCAUGUCUUCUUCUCCAACCCUGAUCUGGCAAUCAUCCUGAAGGGCGUAACGAGAGAUAUGACCGGAAGCACAGCAUACGACGAAACCAUCGACACCGCCCUGAACGUGCUGUCCCACCUGACACUCCCCGGCCAGACCAUGAACUUUGUGGAGUUGUUCACAGAGAUUGCAGAGGAUGGCUGGAGUCUGGAAGACCUGGGCAAGCUUGGGAAGCUGGCAGAGAGUCUCGCCAGAACAGUCGACAUGGCCAUGCUACUGUCUCACCAGCCUUCUCUCCACAUUGCCCAGAGGAUUGAGCAGAUGGCUAAACAGCUCUCCGGUGCGGUGGAUCACCUCAUCAGUCGGAAAGAGAACAUCACUGAUAUAGCCUCAGAAUUUCUCACUGCAAUCAAUAACAUUCUCGUACAGAAUAUCGAAGAAGCUAAAGACAUCGCCCCACAGAUCACAGCUAUUCUCAAAGGCAUCAUUGCCGCUGCCUCCAAGCCAGGAUCACAGACAAGCCUGUUACCUUACCUGAUGGCUCUGGACCAAACUGUUAGAGCUUUUGCCCCGAUUCUCUCGACAGAGAACCUCAUGUUCUUCAACACCUCAGGGCAGAUGAUCAAAGGUUUUGCCAUGCUUAUCUCAUAUCCACAUGAUGUUGAGAAAGUGCUGCUGUCAGCUGAUGUGAUCUCAGCCUCCUUGAACCAUGUGUUUGCCUACUCUGGGGAGGUCAGCCUCCCCAGCGGCCACUCCAUCCAGGAGGUGGUAUAUCCGGUCGUCCUGAGCAGUGCACUGGCCUCACACAUCUUGUGGAACCUCUCCAGUGUCAGCCACACAUUCAACAAUGACCGGGAGAAACAGAUUAUGCUGAUCGAGGGCGUUGAGCAGGCGCUUUCCCUCCUCCCGGAGGACAUGCGGAUGUACUUUGCCGCCCUCAGGCCAGCACUCUCCGCAGCUCUCUCCGAGGUGUCCAGCACAGACCAGAUUCGCCCAGCCUUCGUUAACAUCUCUCAGGAAGUCACGGCCUCCCUUCUCACCAUCCUCAACAUCACAGAGGGCCCAGUGUCUAUGAACGCGCAUGGCCCUGCACACGUCCUCGCUGUCGUGUCCAACCAAGUGUCCCUCAGUGUCUUUGAUGGUCUGCAGAUGGCCUCGUCCUCCUCAGACCUGACGCUGGCCCUGGCCUCGCUCAGGCACGCGGUGGUCACUUUGAGCACAGUGAUGCCAGCUGAAGGCAGCCAUUACCUCAACGUGUCGCUCUCCCUCCUGGAGAACAUCGCCCAUGCCGUGAAUUACACCAGCAGCACAGGAGACCUCCAGGGAGCUGUGUACGUCAUCAGAGACUUUGUCCAUACCCUAGUGACCAUGGCGCAGUAUUCUGUUGCGGAGACCACAGGCAAUAUUUUGGGAGACCUAGAGGCCACCUUGCAGAAGGCCCUCCAGACCCUUCUCUAUGGCAGUGACCCCUUGACACAGGCAACUGAGCUCUCCAAGCAGAUCCUCCACAGCAUCCAUGGCCUUCUCUCUUUGGCCGACAACACCACAGAGACGAAUUUGGCUAGACAGCUUCUGGGAGCGACCCAGAUGAAUGUGGGCCGUCUGUUCAUGAUGAACAGCACAAACUGGGAGGACAAAUUACCCAUGGUCCUGGCGGACUUUGCCAACAGCCUCCCCGAUGGCCUUCCUUACACUGGCCUCAUUAAGAGCAUAACUAACAGCUUGACAAAUGAAGACAACCUGAACCUCCUGCUCCACACCGUGCAGACGGCAUCCGAGCUGCUGAUGACUGACAUGUGGAAUGCCAACUACAGUCUGAUACUGCGCCGCUUCUCCUCCCAGCUGUGUGCUCUGGAGAGGAUGGACGCCGUCCAGCAGCUCACCCAAGCUCUGUCCCUCCCAUCUGGUCUCCUGUGCCAGUCCGUGGCCCCGGCCAUGCGGGCCCUCCAUGAGCUCAUCAGCAACAUGACCCAGGACAGCGCUGACCUGUACAAUGUGCUGUACGAGCUGUUCGUCGGGGACCCAGCCACCUACAACUUAGAAUCCGACUGGAACAAUGUUGUCUCCAAGGUGAUUGGUUUCAAUGUAACCUCAUUUGCACCACUGGAACUCAACAUAACUGCUCCACAAGUGAAGAUGGCUGAGUUAUUCGAGAAUGUCACAGCCUUUGCAGAGGAUGUCCGUAAAUACACACAGAUGUCUCCUGAGAUCAUUGAGGCGCUGCUGAAUUUCACACUGCCCAGCAGCAACCUGCAGAUUCUGGCUCUGCUGACCAACUUGCGCCACUGCCGGGACCCCUCCAUGCUGCAGUUAAAUGCCACACACCCGCUCCUCUUCCAGGCCUUCUGUUCUCUCCCAGCUCACCAGUGGUACAGCUUUGUGGUUCUGUUCAUCCGCCACGCAAGUGUAGAGAAUGUCGUGUACAAGAUGCUGCUGUCCAGUGACAUGCAGGGCCUGGUUGGAGUCAUGAUCCAGAUGGUGCACUUCUUGACGGACAUGAUGGACAAGCUGCUGCCCGCCGUCCACACGCUGCAGGAGUACCUGAUGUCCUUCGGCAACCUCAACCUGCUGGCCGACUCCGAGUUCCACAGCCUGGUGAGGGGCAAGCGUUCCACCAUCUCCAGCAAGUCCACCUUCACCACAAUCUCCCGGGCCCUGUGCCGAAACGGAAUCAUGGCGCUUUUUGGCAUCUCUAAAUUGCCCAUCAUGACCGACUCUGACCCUUCGACCAGAGCCGACCACAGCAGAGAUGAGCUCAUUGAUAAGUUCAAGAUUCCCCGCGAUGCCUCGCCGUUCUGCAUGAACUUCUACCUGGACAUGGUGAACACGACGGGCGGCGCGGUGGCCUGGGCCUUCCUGAAGCCCAUGCUGUUGGGCCAGGUGCUCUACACCCCAGACACGCCCCUCACCAGAGAGAUCAUCAGGAAGUCCAAUGGCACACUGCAUCAGUUUGGUGAGUUGAGGACCUACUCAGAGGAGUGGAUUCAGUCAUCGUCAUAUGUGAUGCAGUCAGCACAAAUUCUGAAUAAGACCUUGCCAUUACUUCAGAAUUCCCUCAGGAAUCCAUUUGUUCAGACCUUCAUUGAGUCACAGACAAACAUCAAUGUUGGACAGAUGAAGGAUACCCUCCUGAACUUCUCCAACAUGACUGAGCUCCUGGAGAAAAACAAGUUCAUUGUGACGCAGAUCACCACUCUGUCCAGCCUGAUGAUGAACCUCUCCUCCUGCGUGAACUUUGACCGCUACAAGCCCAUGAGCGACGAGGAGGAGAUGGACAAGCAAGCAGAGGCCCUGACUCAAUCACGAGACCUCUACGCAAGCAUCAUAUUCAAACUUCCUGAGGACAAAUCCAGCACCCUGCCUCCAAAAGUGGACUACACCAUCCGCAUGCAGAUCGACAACUCCAUGCGUACGGACCGGAGCCGCAGCCCCUUCUGGGUGAGGAAUAACUACAUCAGCAUGACAAGGACACAGCGCUACAACCGAGGCUUCGUUUACCUGCAGGAGGCCAUCGACAGAGCCAUCAUCGAGACCCAGCUGGGCCAGCCAGUGCAGGAUCCAGCCGUCCAGCUCCAGGCCUUCCCCUAUCCCUGCUACGCCCAGGAUGAGUACCUGGAGAGCAUCUCCAUGGCCUUCCCCCUGGUGCUCAUGGUUGCCUGGGUGCUGUUCAUUGCCCACUUUGUCAAGAAGCUGGUGCACGAGAGGGAGCUGAGACUGCACGAGUACAUGAAAAUGAUGGGCGUCAACCCGAUCAGCCAUUUCUUCGCCUGGUUCAUCGAGAGCGCGGUCUUCCUGCUGAUCACCAUCGUCCUCCUCACCAUCAUCCUGAAGGCGGGCAAGGUGCUGCCCCACAGUGACCCCUUCCUGCUCUUCCUCUACCUGUGCGACUACGGCUUCAGCAUCCUGGCCAUCAGCUUCCUGGUCAGCACCUUCUUCAACAAGACCAACAUCGCCGGCCUGAGCGGCAGCCUGAUCUACAUCAUCUGCUUCUUCCCCUUCAUCGUGGUCAUGUCCAUGGAGAGGAACCUGUCCUUCGCCACCAAGAACGCUCUGAGUCUGUUUUCACCGACCUGUUUCAGCUACGCAAGUCAAUACAUCUCCCGCUACGAGGCGCAGGAGGAAGGGAUCCAGUGGAGCAAUGCCUACGUCUCCCCCAUGGCUGGGGACGACUCGUCCUUUGGGUGGCUCUGCUGGCUGCUGCUGAUAGACUCUGUGGUCUACUUCAUCAUCGGUGCAUACAUUCGCAUGGUGUUCCCAGGCAAAUAUGGAAUCCCAGCGCCUUGGUACUUCCCUGUGAUGCCCUCUUUCUGGGCUGACAUGUGUGGAUACCAAACCGCUAAGAAGUCUAGCAAAGGGCUGCUGUUCUCCAACGUCAUGCAGAAGAAUGUAGCAAACGGCAAAGAAAAAGGUAAUGGAAUCUUCCCUAUGCACGAGGACAGCGAGUUCCCUGCCAUGCCAGUGGGGGUGGCCCUCCAUGGCCUGACCAAAACCUACGGGAAGAGGAACGCCAUCCAGAACCUCAACCUGUCCUUCUACGAGGGACAUGUCACCACGCUGCUGGGUCACAACGGAGCUGGAAAGACCACCACCAUGUCUCUGCUCACUGGGCUGUUUGGCCCCUCCUCUGGUACCAUUGAGGUCUAUGGGAGAGACAUGCAGACCAACAUUGAGGAGAUCCGCCAGGAUCUGGGAGUGUGCAUGCAGUAUGAUGUCCACUUUGAUCACCUGACGGCCAAAGAACAUCUGCUCUUGUACGGUCAGAUGAAAGCGCCCCAAUGGUCAAAGGCAGAACUGAAUGAGCAAGUACGAAGGAGCCUGAUGGAGACGGGCAUGUAUGCUCACCGGCACAAGCGCGUGGGCACCCUGUCGGGCGGCAUGAAGCGCAAGCUCUCCAUCUCCAUCGCCUUCAUCGGCGGCUCCCGCCUGGUGGUGAUGGACGAGCCCACCACUGGCGUGGACCCCUGCUCCCGACGCAACAUCUGGGACAUUAUCCUGCAGUACAAGACAGACCGCACCAUCAUCCUGUCCACACAUCAUCUGGACGAAGCAGAAGUUCUCAGUGACCGCAUCGCCUUCAUGGAGAGGGGCGGUCUCAAGUGCUGUGGCUCUCCCUACUACCUCAAGGACAAGCUGGCCAAGGGCUACAACCUGACCAUCACAAAGAAGGUGCAGACUCCAGACUCUGAGGAGAAGUUUGACAGUGAGGAGCUGAAGGCCUUCAUCCAGUCCUACCUGCCGGAGGCGCGCAUGAAGGAGGGCGAGGUGGGCGACGUGGUCUACAGCCUGCCCCCCUACAGCUCCCACAACGCCGCCGCCUUCCGCUCGCUGCUCACCGGCCUCGACCAGAACCUGGACGCCCUCCAGCUGGGCUGCUACGGCAUCUCAGACACCACACUAGAGGAGGUGUUCCUCCAGCUGACUAAGGACCAGGUGGAUGCGGAGGAGAGGCCCUGGACGGUGUCCGAGUCCGUCCUUGACGUGCCGGCCUCCAGAGACAGCCUCCCUGACGACAUCUCUGAGAGCAGCCUCAGCUUUGGAGACAAAACCAGUCUGACGGGCAGCUCCAGCGUGCGUGGGCUGGCUCUGUUCUGGCAGCAGGUGAUGGCCAUGCUGCUGAAGCGCGUGCACCACUCGCGGCGCGACUGGAAGGGCAUGUUCUCGCAGGUCAUCCUGCCCGUGCUCUUCGUCAUCGCCGCCAUGGGCCUGGGCUCCAUCAAGAGCGACCUGCAGCACUUCCCCGAGAUGGAGCUCUCGCCCGGCCUCUACCACAUGGGCGAGCAGCACGCCUUCUUCAGCAACCAGAACCCCAACUCCAGCUAUCUGGUGGACGCCAUGAUGACCUACCCUGGCAUUGACAACAUGUGCUCAAACGACCCGAAUGACAUGUCCUGUGCCAGGGGCUCCAAGGAUGGGCCGUUCACUUGGACCUCCAGUGGAAACCGCUCCAAGCCAUUUUUGCCCUGCAAGUGUGCCAACUCUCAGCAGGUCUGUGAGCAUGACAACUAUAGGCCUCCUCACAUCCGGAACCCCUCCUCCCAGAUAGUGCACAAUCUCACUGGAUUAAAUGUGGAGGACUAUCUCCUGGCCAGUGCUAAUGACUUCAUCAGAAACAGGUAUGGAGGUUGGUCGUUUGGAAAGCCUCUGCCCCCUGACCUAAAGAUGGACUUGUAUGAUGUGCCAAAGAACAGGACUCUAACCAAGGUCUGGUACAACCCAGAGGGCCACCACACCAUGCCAGCCUUCCUAAACAGCCUUAACAACUUCAUCCUGCGCUCCAGACUCCCAGCCGACAAGGACCACCAGCAGUACUCCAUCUCCGUCUCCAGUCAUCCUUACCCAGGCCAGGUGGAGGAGGAGGACGCCAUGGUGAAGGGCUUGGUCAACACCCUGGUGGCACUGUGCAUCCUGACCGGCUUCUCCAUCAUGACGGCCAGCUUUGUGGUCUACGAGGUCCAGGAGCACCAUAGCGGCUCGAAGCGGCUGCAGCACAUCUCGGGCAUCAGCGAGCCUUUCUACUGGACCGUUAACUUCCUCUACGACAUGGCGCUGUAUUUGGUUCCGGUGGCACUCUCCGUGGCCAUGAUCGCUGCCUUCCAGCUGCCAGCCUUCACCGAGCGACAGAACCUGGGGGCGGUGACUCUGCUGCUGGUGUUGUUCGGGUUUGCCACCUUCCCCUGGAUGUAUCUACUGACCGCCAUCUUUAAAGAUGCAGAGAUGGCCUUCAUCAGCUAUGUGUGCAUUAACCUCUUCAUCAGUGUCAACACCAUCAUCUCCACUUCUAUACUGUACUUCCUGGGGACACUCAAUGAGAACGAUGAGAGCAUCCAGGCGGUGUACAACACCUUGCGCCACGUGUUCCUUGUCUUCCCCCAGUUCAGCUUUGGCAACGGGCUGAUGGAACUGGCUCGGGUAGACUUGCAGGUUCAGAUCCUGAAGGCCUAUGGCGUGGAUGCUUACAAGGACCCGUACAGCACAGACAUGCUCGGCUGGAUGUUCGUCUCCCUUGUGCUACAAGGGCUGCUGGCCUUCGUACUGCGGCUGCUGAUGAACAAGUGGCUCAUGCGCAAAAUCAGGAGCUUCUUCUGCCGUGGAAAGGUCGUGUCUCAGAAGGGCACCUGGGACGAGGAUGAGGAUGUGGUCGCAGAGCACCGCCGCGUCGACAGUGGGGAGGCUGACACUGACGUGCUUCAGCUGAGCCAGCUCUCCAAGAUCUAUCAGCAUCUCAACAAGAAAGUACAGGCUGUCAAGAGGCUGUCUGUGGGCAUACCCGCUGGAGAGUGCUUUGGACUUCUUGGUGUCAAUGGAGCUGGGAAAACAACCACCUUUAAAAUGCUGACAGGAGACGUCAGCCCUACUAAUGGAACUGCCCAAAUCCGAGACUCGGAAGGGCGUUUGGUUGACAUCAUGGACUGCAGGAACGAGGGCAUAAACAUCGGCUACUGUCCUCAGGUGGACGCUCUGGAUGACCUGCUGACCGGAGAGGAGCACUUGUACUUCUAUGCCAGAAUUCGUGGAAUAUCUAAGAGGGAAAUGGACAGAGUGGUGAACUAUCUGCUGAGGAAACUAGAGCUUGGUUACCAUAGGAACACUCCCUCUGAGAACUACAGCUGUGGUACUCGCCGAAAGCUCUCGACUGCUCUGGCCCUGGUUGGAAACCCCCAGAUUCUGCUCCUAGACGAACCUAGUUCGGGUAUGGACCCCCGUUCCAAACGUCACCUCUGGAAGAUCAUCUCAGAACAAGUGAAGGAAAAAUGUGCAGUGGUGUUGACCUCACAUAGCAUGGAGGAGUGUGAAGCCCUUUGCACUCGUCUGGCCAUUAUGGUGGAGGGCCAGUUCAGAUGUCUGGGCUCCCUGCAGCACAUCAAGAACAGGUUUGGUAGUGGAUUCACAGUGAAGAUGUACCUGGAGAUGGCCUCCUGCAAUGUAGACACCAUCUCCAAAUACAUGCAGGAACAUUUCCCCAGCACAUACCUGAAGGACCAUCACUCUACAAUGGUGGAAUAUCAUGUUCCCAUCGCCCCUGGUGGAAUAGCUGACAUCUUUGACCAGUUAGAGUCUAAUAAGACUGCACUGCAGAUCAAGCACUUUUCUGUUAGCCAGACCACUUUGGAUGAGGUCUUCAUCAACUUUGCCAUGGGGAAGGUCGGGAUGGAGGCGGUGCAUAGCGAGGGCUCUGACUCUGACAGCCUUGACUCCUUUGACGCUAUGGACAUAUGAAGGAUCCAGUUCUCUAACUAAAUAGCCAAGGCAAUAAAUUAUCUGUAUCAGGAAUAUACAAAUAUACUUUUAUACAUUGAAUACAAUAAAUGAGGGGAAAUCAAUUGUUUUAUUUUCAUAACUUUAAUUGUUGAUUGUCAAGCUUUGAUCACAUGCUGUCAUUUAUGAAGUCUUUUUUAUAAAUUGCACUUUACCCUGGUUGAAAUCUUGCUACUAUAUGGCAACAAUAGCCAAUGCAGUAGAUGUCAUCACAUUUGUAUCAGACAACAUUUAGUACCGUUUUAGUUUUAAUGUUUAUUGUCUGGGGGAAAAUGAAGUAAUUUUAUGGUCUUUCAUUGUAUUUAUUCUAUUCACAAUAUGCACUGUUACUGCAAACCCAUGCAUUCCGCAUUUUUUCGUGAUACCCAAGAAGUCUUUGUUUACUUAAUAUAUGUUGUUUUUAUGAAGGCAAGCCGGAAUAGAAUGUAUAUGCACAUGCAAUCUUUAAAGGCUUACAAUUCGGAUUGUGUCAGCAUCUGUGAACCCAGAGCCUUUCCCCUUGAUCUGGGUAUAUAAGUUAAACUCUUCUCACAGGUAGCCUUUAGGCCUACACAUAAAUCACUAAGACCUUUUGGACUCACAGAUACAAAUGCCCCCCCUCCCCAUGUCUAUGUAUUCUCACUCUCUUCUCUAUUAAUAAGAUCUCUCACUGCACUCCCCCCUUAUAAUGUGUUGAAUAUUUCAUUGGCUUUUUAUUAUAUGGUUUGGGGCUAAAUGUUCUAAGCUUUUUCUACAUUAAAACUUUUUUCAAGCGCA